AUGCAGCAAAGUCCAUCCGCAACCAUCCCGUGCCAAUCACAACCAAGGGGCAAUUUGCAGAGGUUAAGGGAUGACAGUUGGGGUUACCCUCUAUUUAACCGGACAUGGAGAAGCAAAAGUAGGCAAGGACUUGCACUGCAAGUUUGGAACAAGUUUGUAGACUCCCCACGUUUGCAUGUUGGACCCUUCGUCCUGAAGAAGGUUGGAGGCCACUUUGCACAAGGAGCAGAGGCCGGCAAUGGCCAAGGGCAUGGCCCAGAAGAAGGACCUCCUGCAAAAAAGCGAAAAACAGCACCAUAUGUGCCGAAACUCAACUCGGCCCCUUACGCCCUUCUCAUCACAAUGUACAGAGCCUUAGCAGAGGGAAAGGACGAGUACCGACGAGACGAACUUAUACAGGAUGCAGACAACAGCGGCCUGUCCGAGAAGACGAUUGCCCUGGACCCGCUCAAUGGUCAAGCGGGGCGGAGGACGACCCACACCAACCAGGACUACUACUCUGGGUGGACGUCCAUGAGCAAGCAACUGAUCGCUAAAGGACUCGUCCUGAAGCAAGGGAACCCCCCCAAGUACAUUCUCACGGAGUACGGCGAAGAGACGGCCCGGGAGUGCCUCCAGCGAUCCAACCUGGCUGACCCGCUCCCCGCCGGUCCUGCUGGAGCCGCUCCCCGUCCCACUCCUGCCCCUGGCCCCCGCCCUCCUGCCGGCCCGCCUCCUCCCGCUGCCCCUAAGAACGCCCGUGCCGCGGCUGCUGCAGCUGCUGAGGCGCGCAUGGCCAGGAACGCCGACGCUGGUGGCGCAGGGCCGUCGACUGCCGCGGCCGGCGGUUCUCGGCCGGACCGACGACGAGAUGCAGUGGACACUGCGGGGAACCGGCAGCAAAAGGGUGGAGCGGCGGGAGCAGGAGGGGCUGGGGCGGCGGGGUUCCGGGGCCUGGUGGCGGAAAGGCCGGACCUGCAGAGAAUGGGGGCGGAGCGGGAGCCGAACGAAGCUGACGGGGGGCACGAGGAGGAAGGAGGCACCGAGUCAGACUUCGAGGAGCUGGACGGCUGGCCCGCAGCAAGUCCCACAGACGCUGUGCCAGUGAUUGGAGAUGACGUUGUGCAAAAGCUGGUCAGCCUGGGCUUCUCGCCCGGCCAGGCCCGCACGGCACUGCACGCAACCCACGUUGCGGACCUGCCGGAUAGCCCCUUGGUGGAGCAGGCCGCCAACUGGCUCCUUGAGAACGACAGCACCGACCGGCCCGCGCAACCUCAGUCCCCGGUGCGCCCCUCCUUCCAGGCGCGAAUGGCCACAGCCGAGCCCCGGGAGAAGCGCACCGGGACAGUCAAUGGUGCGGCAGCUCCGAGGGCCGCGGUCAGGGAACGGCAAGGAAGGCCGGGAAGCGCAGCUGGCGGGCAGGGCGCGGCCCGAGCUCCGGGGAGACCGCCCACUGCGCCCACGCAGCGAGCGGCACCAGCCCGCACCGCGGGGCAGUCUGGAGCGGGACCGUCGGGCACCGCAGACAGGCGAGAUGCAGGCGGCCCCUCCAAGCCUGCUGCACCCCUGGCGGGCGGCGCCGUGCCGCUGGCGGUGCGCGUGCCCCCCCUCGCGGCGGGCGAGCGGUUCGAUGCGCGGUACAUGGUGGUGUGCCUGGUGGACCACCGCGAGUUCCUGGUCCGCAAGCUGAGCUCCGGGGACGUGCUGGCCGCCUUUGCUGCGCACGGCCUGCACGCGGACGUGCGCAACCUGGAGCUGGGCGACUUCCUGUGGGUCGCCAAGGAGCGCGACGGCCCGGGCGAGUACGUGCUGGACUACGUGUGCGAGCGCAAGCGCGUGGACGACCUGAGUCUUAGCAUACAAAGCAGCAGGUACCAGCGGCAGAAACACUUUCUGGACACGUGCGGGCUGCGGCGGCGCAUCUACCUGCUGGAGGACGACGCGGACAAGAUGGACGACCACGUGCGCAUCAAGACGGCGUGCAUCAACACGGAGCUCGUCAACGGCUUCGACGUGCAGCGCACCGCCGACUCGCGCGACACGCUGCGCCGCCUGGUCACGCUCACGGCCGCCAUCCGGGACAAGCUGCAGCACCGUACCGGGGAAGCGCCGAACUCCCGGAAGGAGCCGCUGCCCACCUUCGCGGACUUCGACCGGCGGGCCAAGGCGUCGAGGCGGCGCACCGUGAAGGACCUGUGGGGGCUCAUGCUGACGCAGGUCGGCGGCAUUGGGAGCGACAGCGCAAAUGUCAUCAUGCAGCAGUACCCCACCGCCGGCCAGCUGUAUGAAGCAUACCGCAAACUGGACGGGAAGCCGCAAGUGAUGUCACAACAGCUCGUGGCCAAAUUUGUUCGAAACGCAGGCGGUUUGAAAGUUGGGAAUAAGGCGAGUGAGAAUCUGUUCAAAUUCAUGUUCGAUCCAACUCCUCCAGAGGAUUCGCCAGAGGAUGACAAGUAGAUUUGGCAGCUUGGUCAGAGCAGACGUGCGUCCAAAGUAGAGGCUUCAUCCAAUCAGCAUGUAAGAAGAGAGCAAAUGCACAGAGAAUCGUGACGGCAGUUCGCCGAAGUCUGUUGCUUAACGGAAGCCUGUGUCUUGCUUACGUACCCAAGAAGGGCGAGUUUUCUAGUAAACGUUAAAAUCGAACAGAAAAGGAUAUGCAAAUUCGUGUAAAGUGGGUGAUCGGGAAGUGUUCAGGCAGAGUCAGACCAGAUGCUAUAUAAGCUUGUGUUGUUGAUUGAUUUCGGACUUCCAAAGGACCUAUCGUUAUGUCUGGUGAAAGCUAGCAUUCUUUUUUCGAGCUUCUAAGAAACUCGUACCAGGACAUAUGACGUUAUACGAUUGAAUGGCCAUCUUAUCCCUGCCAACGUCACAGCAGCUGCAGUCUUUCCAAAAAGUGAAAUACUUUUCGUGAGA